AUGUCAACCUCAGAGACCGCCACGCCGAUUGGCAUUGCCAACCUUCCCAACCAGCGUCACAAGAUUGUCGCGAAGCGGGGUGCAGCCUUCACUAUUAUGGUUGCUGGAGAGUCGGGAUUGGGAAAGACAACAUUCAUCAACACCCUUUUCUCUACCACCAUUAAGAACUAUGCCGAUCACAAGCGCCGCCACCAGAAGCAGGUCGACCGAACCGUGGAGAUUGAGAUUACCAAGGCUGAGCUCGAGGAGAAGUUCUUCAAAGUCCGCCUCACCGUCAUUGAUACCCCUGGCUUCGGAGACUAUGUGAACAACCGUGAUUCAUGGCAACCCAUUAUCGAGUUCCUGGAUGACCAGCAUGAGUCGUACAUGCUCCAGGAGCAGCAGCCCCGCCGAACCGACAAGAUCGACAUGCGUGUUCACGCCUGUUUGUACUUCAUCCGCCCCACCGGACACACCCUGAAGCCUCUCGAUAUCGAGGUGAUGAAGCGCCUGAGCUCCCGCGUCAACCUGAUCCCUGUGGUUGCCAAAGCCGAUACCCUGAGCCACGCGGAUCUGGUGCGCUACAAGGAUAGAAUCCGCGCUGUGAUUGAGGCCCAAGGCAUCAAGAUUUACACCCCACCCAUCGAAGAGGACGACGAGCACGCUGCUUCCCACGCCCGCAGCCUUAUGGCUGCCAUGCCUUUCUCCGUUAUCGGUUCCGAGAAGGACGUCAAGGCCAACGAUGGUCGUGUUGUCAAGGGCCGUCAGUACUCUUGGGGUGUCGCCGAAGUGGAGAACGAGGAUCACUGCGACUUCAAGAAGCUCCGCUCGAUCCUGAUCCGCACCCACAUGCUCGAUCUUAUUCACACCACGGAAGAAUUGCACUACGAGGCGUACCGUGCCCAGCAGAUGGAGACCCGCAAGUUUGGCGAGGCCCGGCCACGCAAACUCGACAACCCCAAGUUCAAGGAGGAAGAGGAAACUUUGCGCAAGCGCUUCACCGAGCAGGUCAAGGUCGAGGAACAGCGUUUCCGCCAGUGGGAGCAGAAGCUCAUCUCAGAGCGCGACCGUCUCAACAAGGAUCUCGAGGCCACUCAUGCAGCCAUCAAAUCCCUCGAGCAGGAGAUCGAAGUCCUCCAAGUAGAGUUGGAAGUUGAAGCUCCGAGCUCCAUCCCGCAUUCUCUCAACUCCGCCAACUCUUCUCUCACCAACUCGACGGCCAUGCCCCGGACAAUAUUCCCAACCAGACAUAUCCACACUCUUAAAACACACAAUGGUCCUGUCAACGCGGUGACCUUCUCAAGCUCCGGCGGCACCUAUGUCCUCACAGGAUCCUCAGAUCGAGCAGUCCACCUUUCGCGCGCAGUUCCAAACAACUCCAAUAGCCCAGCCACAGUCGAGACCACGACCCCUAUCCAAAAAUACGAAGCGCAUGGCUACUCCGUCCUCGACAUCGCCGUCGCAGCGGACAACGCGCGCUUCGCCAGCGUAGGAGGCGAUCGCCAAGUCUUCCUCUGGGAUGUCGAGCAAGGCACCACGACAAAACGAUGGUCAGGCCACAACAGCCGAGUCGAAGCCGUGCAAUUUGCCGGCGAUGGUGACUCCGUCGUAGUAACUGGCAGCGCAGACACAACAAUCAACCUUUGGGAUACCCGCUCCUCAAGCUACAAACCCAUCCAAACCCUCACCGAAGCAACCGACACAGUCUCAACCCUACACGUGCACAUGGGAUCCUACUCGAUAGCGAGCGGCAGCUACGACGGCCACGCCCGGGUUUACGACGUUCGCACAGGCAAGACGACCGUUGACGUCCUCGCGCACCCGGUGACAAGCGUGCGCUGCUCGAGCGAUGGGAACGCGCUGCUGGCUUCGACGCUAGAUGGGUAUAUCCGGCUGCUGGACCGGAUGGAUGGGAAGCUUCUUAAUGCGUUUGGGGGGGAGAAUACCGUGGCGAAUGGGAUAGGGAAGCCGCAGCAUUCAUAUCGGAAUGCGGAGCUGCGGGUGCGUUCUGGAUUUGCAAUGGGGGAUGCGGUUGUGUUGAGUGGUAGUGAGCAGGGGACGGCUGGGGCAGCAGCGUUUGCUUGGGAUGUUGUUAAGGGGGAGGUUAUUGCUGCUGUGCCUGUUGGGGAGAAGAUCAAGGCUGUUAGUUGUGUGGCAUGGAAUGAGAGUGUUGGGGAUUGGGCUGCUGGGUGCUCGGAUGGUACUGUUAGAGUCUACGGAUGA